UCCAACGCGCUUCUCCUCCAGGCCACACAAAGCACUAGAGUGCAGUUUAAUUUACCGCUUUAUUAGUCCAUCAAACUUGAUUUUUAAAACUUUUUGAGCGGAAUAUUAUCCAGUCUAUACAGUCGGAUGUACUCGAUUCAGUAUUAGGAUUGAAUUCGGGGUGAACGCACAAUGCCUAAUUUCUGCGCGGCGCUAAACUGCACCAGGAACAGCACGCACUCGGUUCUGGCGUUCUUUAGGUUUCCACGGGAUCCAGAGAGAUGUAAGAAAUGGGUGGAAAACUGCUGUCGUUCAGAUCUGAAGGACAAAACACCUGACCAUCUGAACAAAUACCACAGACUGUGUGCCAGGCACUUUGAACCUAACUUGAUAACGAAAACUAGCCCUUUCAGGACUGUUCUGAAGGACAGUGCGAUACCCACUAUAUUUGAUGAUCUUUCCCGCAAACGGCCAAAUCAGGAGACAAAAAAUAAUGAUGCCCCCGAAGCAAAGAAAGAUAAAUUGGACGAGGCAGGAGACACUACUAAAGGAACCAGUGAGGCACAAUCACAAGAGGUCACCGAGAGCAGUAAUGGAGAUGGGGCCGACAGUGGCCCCCAGGCUGUUGAUGAAGAAACGCUCAAUAAAGAGCAUCUCAAGUCCCUGUUUGAUGUUGUUGUGAUGAUGGGCGUGCAGAACAUCCCUCUUAAUGGACACUCUGACAAAGAUCCCAAAAGCAAAAGCUUCACUUCAAGCAACCUCCAGGCACUGUUGGAGUACCGCAUCAAUGCAGGCGAUGAAUCCCUCAGGAAAAAGUUUGAGAUGUCAGCUGUAAACUCUGAGUAUUGCUCCAGCGCUCAGUUAGAGAAGAUGCUGGAUGUGAUUGAAAAGUGCGCUCGUGAUGAGCUUUUAGCUGAAGUCAAAGAGGGACGUUUCUUCUGUUUGGUCAUUGGCAGUCAGGUUGAGGUUGCUGGAGAGAGUCAUCUCCCGGUGUUUGUACGUUUUGUGGAUAAGAGCAACAGCCUUCGAGAAGAGUUUGUUGGGUUCCUGCUUUUAGAAGGUGAUGUAGAGGGUAUUACCAAGAGGCUUAUUGAUGAAGUGACAGAGAAAUAUGGGCUGGAUAUGCUGCAUUGCAGAGGGCAAGGAUACUUUUGCUCUGGCGUGUCUACUUUGAAGGUCAAGGCAGUGCUGGCCCGAAUAACCGAGUUAUACCCACUAGCGACUCUCACCCCUUGCUCCAACUGCUCUCUAAACAUCUGCCUGGCAAACAGUAUGACCCUCACGGGUGUUUAUCUCGUCAUGUCUACACUGAAAAAGUUGGAAGCAUUUUUCAGUAAGUCACCCUUACUGCUAAAUCAGCUGGAGAACGCCAUUUCCAUCUACUACCAGGGAAACGAUGAGAAAAUCAGCAUCCUCAAAGAAGCAUGUUACUCUAAAUGGACCGAGGAGCAUGAUGCAUUUGAAAUAGCUGUUGACCUCCUUGAGUCCCUCCUGCUUUGCAUGGAUAGCGUCCAUGACAACGAAGACCACAAAUGGAACGAUGAGAUAGCACACAAUGCCUUCGUGAUAUCUGAAGCACUGGCUGAUUUUGAAUUUGUAAUGACACUAGUUGUGCUUAAAAACACCCUGUCCUUCUCUAGAGCCUUCGGUAAGAAUUUGCAAGGACAGACGAAUGAGGUUUUCUCUGCAGCCACCAGUUUAACCGCGGUUCUGCAUUCCCUCAACGAAGUUUUUGAGAAUCUUGAGGUGUAUCAUGAGUUCUGGUUCGAGGAGGCCGUCAACCUGGCCGCAGCUCUUGAAAUACCGGUCAAAAUACCCAGGUUGUUCUUCAGAAAACGACCAGCAACUGGUGAUGAAAUCCAACCCGAGACCUACUAUAAAGAAAACGUCACCAUUCCUGUGGUCACACAUGUCAUUAAAGAGCUGACGGAUCUUUUCUCUGAAAACCAUCUCAGGGCAUUGAAGUCCUUAUCGAUUGUGCCCGCCAUCAUGGGGCAGCUGAAGUUUAACACGUCAGAGGAGACCAGUGCAGAGAUGUACAAAAAUGACCUGCCGAACCCUGACACCUUUCCUGCAGAGUUGCAUUGCUGGAAGAUUAAAUGGAAGCAUGGCACUAAAGAUGUUGUUUUGCCACCUAACAUCUAUGAAACGCUUCAGCUGUCUGAUGCCAAGUUCUUUCCCAACGUGUGCGCUUUACUGAAGAUCCUUCAUAGUCUACCAGUCUUUGCUCUGAUAGACGACAAAUGCAGCAGUGCGAAUCUUCGACUAAAGAAGUAUGUGGAAGACACACCUGCCCAUCACAGAAAUAAGAGUAUGGCCCUGCUGCAUAUUAACUGUGGCAUCAAGCAUGAUUUGGACACCAUGGUGGAGACGUACUUAAAAAUGUACCCAGAUAGUGAACCAACAGAGAAAUGUGAUUGAUUACAUGAAUCAGAUCAGAAUGAUGACAUGAAACGAUCUGAAUCUGUAAUUUGCAGCUAUAACCUUUUUUACUUUUGCCUUUAUGUACAGUGAAUCUGGAUUAGCAGGACUUAACAUUGUGUAUAUAAAUGUGUAUUUCCAAAUUAAAUUCGAAUUGAUUUGAACAACUUUA